CAUAGUCCACAUGGCAAAGGCCACUCGCUCAGCUCAACUUCAGGAAGGUUGCUCUUACUCAUCACAACAGCAGAGCAAAGGGAGGCUAGAUGGCUAAUGUAAUUCCAGAGGUGACGUUUAAUGAAGGCGUUAAAGAAUUUUUAGGACAAAGUUUCUGCAAUGAAAAGGCUGUAUCUGCUGUUGGAGAAGAGAAGUGUCAGGAGAAAUUAUCAGACAUACUGAGGUCACUUAGUUAUCCUCCAUCUUAUACUGUGCUAAGAAUCAACACGCUACAUCACAGCAAGCAGGAUGUCUUCCAUCAACUUACUCAAGUCUUAGUUCAGCAAUAUAAAUCAAGAGAACGAUUGCCUCCAACUGUUGAUUAUCAUGCAUCCCUCGAUGAUACCUUGGUGAUAUCCAGUCCAACAGGUCACUCCAAAAGACAUGAAGUAUGCCCAGAGGCUAAUAAGGAAGUUAUAGUGGAUCGACAGUGUGGCUUAGCAGUGUUAAGAGGUGCUGAUGUUUAUGCACCAGGAAUCAUGGCAGCAACACAAGAUAUUAUUAAAGGAGACAAAGUUUCUGUCUUUGUGGAUAUUGACAGCCAAUGUAGGAAAGGAUUUAUCCACAGAUUCAAAGGAAAUAAAGCAUUUAUUGGUAAUGGAUGUGCAGCUAUGAGUAGAAAAGAUCUUUUUGUUGGCAACAGCUCUCCAAGGGGGAUGGGUGUUCACAUGACAGAGCCAAUUUUUGAUUGUCCAUCAUUGAAUGGAGUUCUUGUGGACAGGUUGUUCCUUCAAAAUCUACCAUCCAUUGUUGUCAGUCAUGUCCUGAAUCCUCAGCCAGGCAGAAGACUACUAGAUAUGUGUGCUGCUCCAGGUGGAAAGACCACUCACUUGGCUACACUCAUGAAGGAUCAAGGUGUUGUCAUUGCAUUGGAUAAAUCCCCGAGUAAGAUCAACAAAAUCAAGCAAAAUGCCAGGAGGAUGGGUCUGAACUGUAUACAAACUUUUGUGUAUGACUCUACCAAGGCAUGUUGUAUGCAAUCCUCAUGUAAUUCAGAUGCACCACCGUUUAGUCCUGAGUCCUUUGACUACAUACUUCUUGAUGCUCCAUGCAGUGGACUUGGUCAGCGACCUCAGAUAGCCAACCAACUUCAACUCAGUGAAGUCAAAUCUUACCCUGCUUAUCAGCGACAAUUUUUUUCAACGGCUGUCAAGUUGUUGCGUCCAGGAGGCUACCUUGUGUAUAGCACAUGCACUAUCACAUUAGGAGAAAAUGAAGAAAUAGUCAGUUGGGCUCUCAAAGAUUAUCCACAACUUCAGCUCUGUCAACAGGUUCCUCAUCUGGGUGGUAUAGGUUUACUAGGAACAAUGCUCCAACCUGACCAGUUGUGUAAACUGCAGCGUUUUCAUGGAGUUUCACCAAUGAUAUCAUGUGCAAAUGGACAUAGUGACAACGAUACAAUUGGCUUCUUCGUUGCUAAGUUUGUAAAACAAUUUCCAAGUUAAAAUUAAUAAAUUAAACAAGCCUUUCUUCGGAAGUUGAAGAUUUUUUUUCGUAGCUUUGUACUGCUCGAUCCAGAGAAGAUAAUAGGAAUGACAUCCCCCAUGGGUAAACAUCUACCACAUCCAUAAUUUUUUCCUAGAGUCACAUCAAGACCCAAUUUCAUAGCACUGCUUCGCGGCCAAUUUUGUGCUUACUAUGUGAUUUCCAUUUCAUAGCGCUGC